AUGUGCGAUAAAUUGGAUAUGAAAUCAUUGAACGCUUUAUUGAAUCAAUUGGACGACUCAAGCGAAAGACAUCUGGUUCUGUCAUUACCCAAGUUUACUAUUAAAACAGAAUACGAUUUAGAGGACGGAUUUAAGAGAUUGGGCCUCAAAUCAGUGUUCAACUCUUCUGCCGACUUGUCCAGCAUUAAUGGCGACAAAAAGUUACAUUUAUCUCAAGUCAUACAUAAGGCCUUCGUUGAGAUUAAAGAGGAAGGCAUUCAAUCAUCAGAAUUAUCGGAACUGUUAUACAUUCCGGCCGUCAAUCCAUUUGUCCGACACAUUCCCGUCAAAGUCAACAAACCCUUCCUAUUCAUCAUAAGAGACAACAAUUCAGAUCUGAUUUUAAUGUUGGGUCAGUUGCGGGUCCUUUGA